AUAUUAAACCUCACUUGAGGUUUGAGGUUUGGCAUACCUCAUGUAAGACAAAGAAAAAAGUACCGGUUCUUUAGGUUACAUACUUGCAUAUAACUUAUUCCAAUCCUUAAACUACACCGUUUUGUAGGGUUAAAAAAUAUAAAAAUUUAGUUUUUUUUAGUUUUUCGAAAUUAUGUAUAUAGUUAGGGGUAUUUAUGGAAAUUUCUUUUAUUGUUGAGUUGUAUUUUCUUUAAGCUAUAUUGUAUUUGAUUUGAAGGUGUGUUGUCUCUUCUCUCUCUCCCACAAGUUAUCCCUAUCCUCUCUGAAAUGCUCGUCUCCGCCCCGAGUGAUCAUCAGCAGCCAAUUGAUAAGGAUCAUGACGAUGUUUGGAAUAGUGGUGCGCCGGGUCUCGGUACGGGUGCGCUGCAUCGGGCGGCGAGGGUGAUUAUCCACAACUUAGAGACAAGAAGUAUGUACUGGGGUGGAGGUAGUGUAGGAGCACACACUGAAAUAGAACUUGAAGAUCGAAAACUCAGAAUUGAAGAUGCAAAAAAUGCCACAUUUGCUGCUAUGGAUGAAGGAGUAGUGCCUGGUGGUGGCGCCAGAUAUGUACAUCUUUCAGAACUGAUUCCUUCCUUUAAAAUUACAUUUGAUAAUUUUGACAAGCAAAUUGGUGCUGAGAUCACUGAAAAGGUAUUUUUUGUUUAAUUAUUGAGUAAUCGUUUUAUUUACAGGAAGACUCUUUAUUGUUUGCAGCUCAAAAGAUUAUUCAAAGAGUAGAGUAGAGUAGAAACUGUCAUUCAGCAUAUGUUGGAUUCAAUGAUUGUAAAUUUGUGUAUUCUUUUUAACAAAAAGUUGGAUUCAAUGAUUUGUUCUUAAUAUGUAUUUAUCUGCUUAGGCUGGAGGUGCCCCAACAAUGAACAUAUUAGUAAAUACAAUGGGCAGCAUUGAAGAAUCUCUUAAAAGCAAUGAUUGGUCAACAAGAGAAGCUCAUACAUUAUCAACUCAUGAAGAAAUGGAUAUAGCUCAUUACAUUAGCCCCCAUAUGGCUGUAAUGUAUAGGUAUUAUUUAGCUUUAUUUUUAUGCUUUUGUGCUUCAAAUUAUAUAGCCUAGCUUGUGAAACAGUUAUCCUCCACCACAAGUGAGGGUCAUUAAUAAAAUUUGGAGGUUAGUCCAACACAUAUGAUAUUUGUCACUUUUUCAAAAAUAAUGACAAAAAAAUUAUUAAUUAA